CAGCAGCACCCGCCUGCCCCCCCCAAUAAAAAUGGAGGAGAAAUCACCCCAAAUCCCAGCUUCUGUACCCCAAUUUACCAACUGCCCCACUAUGGUGAUCAUGGUGGGGUUGCCAGCCCGUGGCAAGACCUAUAUAUCCCGUAAGCUCACCCGGUAUCUGAACUGGAUUGGGACACCAACACGGGUGUUUAAUGUGGGGCAGUACAGGAGGGAAGCAGUGCAGAGCUACAAGAGUUAUGAGUUCUUCCGCCAUGAUAACCAAGAAGCCAUGAAGAUACGGAGGCACUGUGCAUUGGCUGCACUUAAGGAUGUCCGCACUUAUCUGAGCUGUGAAGAUGGGCAAGUGGCUGUGUUUGAUGCCACCAAUACAACGCGGGAACGCCGGGCCCUGAUCCUGCAGUUUGCAAAGGAGAAUGGGUACAAGGUUCUAUUUGUCGAGUCCAUUUGCGAUGACCCCAACAUCAUCGAGGAGAACAUCAAGCAAGUGAAGCUGAGCAGCCCUGACUACAAGGGCUGUGCCCAGGAUGAGGUAGUGGCCGACUUCCUCAAGCGCAUCGAGUGCUAUAAAGCCACCUAUGAACCCCUGGAUGAGCAGCUGGACAGUGCCUUGUCCUACAUCAAGAUCUUCAAUGUGGGGGUGCGGUACCUGGCGAACCGGGUGCAGGGCCACAUCCAGAGCCGCACUGUCUAUUACCUGAUGAACAUCCACGUCACCCCGAGGACCAUCUACCUGAGCCGCCAUGGCGAGAGCCAGCUCAACCUGAAGGGAUGCAUUGGGGGGGACUCGGGGCUGUCCCCACGGGGGCAGCAGUACGCCCGGGCCCUGGCCGAGUUCAUCCGCAGCCAGGGCAUCCGGGAGCUGAAGGUGUGGACCAGCCACAUGAAACGCACCAUCGAGACGGCCGAGGCGCUGGGGGUGCCCUACGAGCAGUGGAAAGCCCUCAAUGAGAUCGAUGCGGGGGUCUGCGAGGAGAUGUCCUACGAGGAGAUCCAGGAGCGCUACCCACAGGAGUUCGCGUUACGGGAUCAGGACAAGUAUCGUUAUCGCUACCCCAAAGGAGAGUCGUACGAGGACCUGGUGCAGCGCUUGGAGCCGGUCAUCAUGGAGCUGGAGCGGCAGGAGAACGUGUUGGUCAUCUGCCACCAGGCUGUGAUGCGCUGCCUGCUGGCAUACUUCCUGGAUAAGAGCGCAGAUGAGCUGCCCUAUCUCAAGUGUCCCCUGCACACGGUGCUCAAGCUGACCCCAGUGGCUUAUGGGUGCGAAGUGGAGUCCAUUUUCCUCAAUGUAGCAGCUGUGAACACCCAUCGUGAGCGACCCCAGAACGUUGACAUCAGCCGCCCCCCUGCUGAAGCACUGGUCACAGUUCCUGAGCAUUACUGAGGGGUUCCCCCCCCCCAUACAGGAGGGGGCCCCCAAGUUAAGCCUGGCCUGAAUGAAGAACUGAGCAUGGAAGUCGUCG